AUGUACGUCUUCCAUGCAUACGACCCCGUUCUAGCAAACGGAUGCUCACUGUCUGCUCUGAAGUUCAUCCAACGGCAGCGUGCACUGGCUCUGUGGAGAGAAAUUGUGCGCAGCACCGCGAAUAUCCCCGAGGAAGGCGCGCGGAAAGACAUGCGACAGUUUGCUAGAGCAGAGUUCGAACAGCAACGCGGUGUAACUGACAUUUACGGCAAAACGCAGUUUCAGACGAUGAAAGUCACCCUCGUCAACGCUGGUAUCCUCAAGGAAGAAUGA